AGAAGAAAUUUCACUCAAAAAUUUAAAAAGCGAUGGCAUUAUUUGAAUAAAUAUUGCAAACUUAACAAAACUGGCAACAACUUCCUAUGUUGUACCUUUAGAUCGUCCUCCAAUGCCGUCAUUAAUGUACCACCACACGUGCUUGAUUCUUCUUUCACUUCACCAGCAACGACCACCACUAAUGCUGACAUUAACCAGGACGUAGUGACCUUCAAUAGUUCUUUUACAGCAUCCGUGCUUCUCUCCCGUAACCCUAGAAACAGCCCUAAUUCUCAGAAUGGGGAGACUAACUCGAUCCCAAACCAAAAUCAUUUCUAAUUCGGAGCUUCAGUCUGAGGAUCGUCAGUCUACAACCACGACCGCUACUCCUUCAUUACACCCUCCUCCACCAAAUUCUUCCAAAAUCUCAUUUCGGGCUCGAAAAAUUCGAAGAGUCACAUCCGAUGCAGAUGAUCACAAACUUCCCCAGAUUGCCGACGCAGAAGCGUCCAAGGCUUCACUCUCAGAAGCCAAUGCUAUCAUUUCGGAGAAGGGAACCCCAUCUGCAUCUCCCUCCGUUUUGCCCAUGAUAGUUAAGCCGUUGACGUUGGAAGGCGAAAUCGAUCUCGCUCUCCAGCAUUUGCGCUUGUCUGAUUCCCUCUUAGCGUCUUGUAUUGACUCUUUUCGCCCUCCCGAGUUCCCUACUCAUCGCCCAGCAUUUCUAUCUCUCACAAAAAGCAUUGUUUGCCAGCAACUUUCUAACCAGGCCGCCAAAUCGAUCCACACCCGUUUCGUCUCACUCUGUGGAGGCGAGGCUUCAGUUCUUCCUGAGACAGUGCUCGGACUGUCGGUACAGCAACUUCGAGAAGUUGGAAUCUCUGGACAGAAAGCAGGUUACCUUCAUGAUCUGGCAAGCAAAUACAAGGAAGGUUUACUAUCAGAUUCUUCGAUACUUGAAAUGGAUGACGAAACCCUGUUUAAUAAGCUUACUAUGGUGAAGGGGAUUGGGCCUUGGUCAGUGCAUAUGUUCAUGAUCUUCACACUUCACAGACCGGACGUUCUUCCUGUAGGGGAUCUGAUUGUUAAAAGAGGCGUGGAGCGAUUGUAUGGCCUUAAAGCAUUGCCAAAGCCUUUGCAAAUGGAGAAGUUAUGCGAGAAGUGGAGGCCAUAUAGGUCUGUUGGGUCUUGGUAUAUGUAUAGGCUCAUGGAAGCAAAGGAGGUUUUGCCGACAUUGCCAGCUGUAGAAGUAGCGUCGACAUUGGCGGGUGAUACUGUGCCAGAGCAGCAACAAAUGGAAUAGCCUCACCAAUGUUACCCUUCAAUGGAAUUGCAAGCCUGGAAUUUUGUGCUUUUGUCAAUCUUCAUCUUCAACUAGAUGGUGAAUUUGUGUUUGGUUUGCUAUUAAAUUAUCAUAGAAGUUUGAUUUAACAUCCAGUGACCCCUCAUUUAUAAAGUUCGAUUGGACUUCUCAAUUCCUGUUAUAAUUAGCAAGUGCGGGUAUAGUUAUAUUUAUUUGAAAGGAAAAGGGAAUGUUUAUUGAUGUUGCGUCUCGUAGGUGUCUUAUUGGAAAUGUACAGGGAUUUACGUGAUUGAUGAAAGAAAGGGCACUGCUGGAUUCGACUCUUCUGUGA